AUGGCUUUCUAUGAAGGUUUGCUUGAUAAUUCAAAGAUCUUGGUGGAUGCUUCAUCGGGAGGGUCAUUCACGGUUUUGGAACCUACUCAAGCCGAGGAACUACUUGAAAAGAUUGCAACAAAUGGAACAACUUGGUAUUCGGAGAGAUCUUCACAAAGGCUUGUGGGAGGAUUUCAUGAUGUUGAUCGAAUAUCCGCCUUGUCGGCUAAGGUGGAUAAUAUGGCAUCCAUGGUUCAAAAGAUAGCUCAAAUCACUCUCCAAAAUCAAAAUAUGAGCUAUACUUCUACUACUCCCAAUUUUUCAAGGCAAAUCAUGAUGUGUGAAUUAUGUGGAGGAGAACACAAUAUGGGAGAAUGCUUAAAUGAUGAUAUGGGUUCUCAAUCUACUUUGGAGCAUGUUGAUUUGGUAGGAUACGGUAGGCAACAACAAUCAUUUCAACCUCAAGGGGUCUACAAUCCAAACGCACCAAGGAAUCAUCCCGGUUUUUCUUGGAGUAAGCCGAUGGGGGCUGCAAAUCCCCAAAACUUUGGUAAUAGAGGACCGCCACCGGGAUUCCAAGGGCAGCAAAAUUUUAGAGGUGGCCAACAACAACAAUCCAUGCCAAAUCAAGGAUUCCAAGCCCCGACUACUCAACCAAGGCAAUCUUCAGAAAAUUCACCUCCACCAAAUUGGGAAGCCAUGAUGGAAAUGAUGUUUAAAUCUCAAAUGAAGAGUGACGAGAGGUUUAGGCAAUUGACAGAGAAGUUGGAUCAAUUGGGUGCUCAUAACAAAAUGUUGGAAAGACAAAUUGCAAACCAAGCUUCUACUUCUAGUACUCAAGUCACAGGUAAGUUGCCCGCUUACCCUGAAAAUCCAAGGGAACAUGUCAAUGCCAUUAUAACAAGAAGUGGAAAGGAACUUGAGGAACCAUCUUUCCAAAUUGAAAAGCCAAUGCCAAGAGGAAGGAGUAAUGGAGAAAUUGAAGAAGAAGUUGAAAAAGAGGAAGCUACCCCUCCCACUUCUAUCCCAAAUCAACGAGUUCAUAACAAAGAUGAUGGAGUGAAGCCGGAGAGGAAAUAUGUACCACCUUUGCCAUUUCCUCAAAAAUUUCAAUGUCAAGCCAAAGAGAGUAGAUGGAAGAAAUUCUUGAAUUUGGUUGAAAAUUUGAAUGUGUCUAUCCCUUUGCUUGAUUUACUCACUCAAGUGCCUUCUUACGGCAAGUUUUUAAGGGAGAUUCUCUCGAGAAAAAGAAAACUUGGUACUCAAGAGAUGAUUGCUAUGACACAAGAGUACCGGACCCUAAUACAUGAUGAAGGAAAGUUUCCUACCAAGCUAAGGGAUCCCGGGAGUUUCACUAUCCCAUGUGUCAUUGGAGGGUUCACCAUAAAUAGAUCACUUUGUGAUCUAGGAGCAGGUGUUAAUGUAAUGCCUCUAUCUCUUUGCAAAAGGUUAAAUUUGGGAGAGCCAAAGCCGGUUCAACUCACACUUGAAUUUGCCGAUCGGUCAACCAAAAGCCCUAUUGGAAUACUUGAGGAUGUCCCGGUUCGAGUGGAUAAAUAUUUUGUGCCUUGUGAUUUUGUUGUUAUGGAUAUUAGAGAAGAUCCGUAUAUUCCAAUCAUAUUAGGGCGGCCUUUCUUGGCUACAACUGGAGCUAUAAUUGAUGCAAGGAAGGGAUCAAUAAUUUUUGACUUUGGAGAAGAGAAAGUAGCAUUUAAUGUUUUUGAUGAGCCUAAAUCUCCUUUUGUUGAAAAAUGUUAUCGGGUUGAUGAGGUUGGUAACAAGAGAUUGGAGAAGGGUGAAGAGUUUGAUGCUCUUGAUGAGAGAACUUUUGAUGAGCAUAAAAAGUUUAAAAAAAUUUUACAUGAGGAAGUUGGUGAUGUUGCACUUUUGGAGAAAGAAUCUAAGGUGAGAAAAAUUGAAGAAUAUGAAUUUUUGUUUGAAGAUGGAGGCCAAGUUCUACAAAAUAAGGGUAAAGAUUGGGCAAACAAUUCUAAAUUGAAGGCAUUGAUAGAAGAAUACCCUAUGGCUUUCAAGAGUUUUGUUGAGCGCUUCAUCGAGGCUAAAGUGGUGAUUAGCCUUUGUUCCCCAACAUACACUUGA